AUGGCGGACACUACGGUUACAAUCACCAACUGCAGCGAAACCUUCAGCCUGCACCCAAGCUAUGAAAACAAAAACUGGUGGGAAUCCGUGGCGAGCAAUGUCGACCUUGCUUCGGCCACUAAGCCCCAGAUGGGAUGCCGAACUGCAGAGGAAGCCGUCUCCGACAAGCGCUUCUCAGACUCUGCCAUCUGCGUGGACUCUUACAAGCCACUUGGCAGGUUCCACUGUGUCGACAGCAACGGUCAACGACGCCUCCUACCGCCGCCAGGAUUUGCUCCCCACCACCGCUCGCCAAUCGGAGAGGUUAGCAAGGCAUUAACAACGAGUCCCGUGCGAGAAGUACUUACUUUCAAGGCGCCGGAAACAUGCGCAUCGUCUUUCGGUAGUCUUGAGGAUGAUACACAGGUCACCAGCAUUACAAGUACUGUGUCAGUCGGCCAGGGCAAACCCAUAUCCGCCACCGAAUGGGAGUGUUUUCUGAAGAUCCAUAAGCAUUUUGAGACCCGAUCAAGCUAUGACCGAGCUCAGAAAAGGGAGGGGGCCGCAAUCCAGGACUGUGAAUUGUUCAUUGAAGGAAAUACUUCCCACUUUUAA